CCGCAGGCCCCGAACCGCACCAGCCCGCCCCCACUUGGUCCCAUUCGCCGGCUCACUGUGGACAGCUUGCCUGAGCUAACAAUACUCCGUACCCAAGCACGAGCUGUCAGACCCAGCUUGCGACAAGGUCCGGAGCCUGCUUCUUUUCAUCUCCAAUCCCAUAUAUUCCAUUCUUGUCCCUCCUUUGCAACCCCUCCGGAAUCCGAAGAAAAGCAAAGAGAGGCCAACAUGGAUUUUCUUCAACGCCUCGCGCGGUUCUUGGACCGACCCCUCUUCCCGUGGAAGCGCCUCAUCCUCGGCUUCUCGGUCGGCCAGUUCGUCUUUGAGAGCUUCCUCUCGCUCCGCCAGUACCAGGUCCUCAAAAACACCAAGCCCCCCAAGGUUCUCGAACAGGAAGUCUCCCAGGAAGUUUUCGACAAGUCUCAGGCUUACGGUCGCGCCAAAGCGGAAUUCGGUUUCAUCAGCGGUCUCUGGGGUCAGAUCCAGAACAUUGCCUUUAUCCAGUUCGACGUCCUCCCCAAGCUCUGGUCAUGGUCCGGUCACCUGCUGCUGAAGUUCGCGCCGGCGCGCUUCACCGGCGAGAUAUCUCAGUCCAUCGUCUUCGUCCUCGCCUUCAUCAUGAUCCAGCAGGUCCUCUCGCUGCCUAGCUCCAUCUACCAGACCUUUGUGCUGGAGGAGAAGUUUGGCUUCAACAAGCAGACGCCCAAGCUCUUCAUCACCGACAUGAUCAAGUCUCAGCUCCUCGCCUUUGUCCUCGCUCCCCCGAUCCUUGCCGGCUUCCUCUCCAUUGUCAAGAAGACGGGCAACCAGUUUUUCUUCUACCUCUGGGCCUUCGCCGCUGGUCUCCAAGUCUUCAUGAUCACAAUCUACCCGGUCGCCAUCCUGCCUCUAUUCAACAAGCUGUCGCCUUUGGAAGAGGGUGAACUGAAGAACGGCGUUGAGAGCCUUGCCAAGAGCCUGAACUUCCCCCUCCACGAACUCUAUGUGAUUGACGGAAGCAAGCGCAGCGCCCACAGCAACGCCUACUUUUUCGGUCUUCCCUGGAAGAAGCACAUUGUCAUCUACGACACCCUCAUUGAGAAGAGCGAGACGCAGGAGGUUGUUGCCGUUCUGGCUCACGAGCUUGGUCACUGGAGUCUCGGCCACACCACGCGCCUCUUUGGCAUCUCUCAGGCCCACUUCCUCUACAUCUUCGCCCUCUUCUCCGUCUUCAUCAGCAACAACUCCCUGUACGCCGACUUUGGCUUCCUCACGGAGCACCCCAUCAUCAUCGGCUUCAUCCUCUUCUCCGAUGCGCUCUCCCCCAUGGACACCGUCGUCAAGCUGCUCAUGAACAUCCUGAGCCGCAAGUACGAGUUCCAGGCCGACGCGUUUGCCCAGAAGCUCGGAUACUCUGCUGAGCUGGCUAGAUCACUCCUCAAGCUCCAGAUCCAGAACCUCAGCUCCAUGGACGCCGACUGGAUGUACGCGACCUACCACUUCUCCCACCCGCACCUGUCGGAGCGCCUCAAUGCGCUCAACUGGAAGUCUACGGGCAAGGUCACAUCGGAGGAGCCCACCGUGGGCAAGACCUCUGGAAGAGACGAGUUGUAA